AUGGGAAAGCACUCGGAGGUGACUGAGUUCAUUCUGUCAGGACUGAGGGAUCAUCCAGAGCUGCAGGUCCCCCUUUUUUUGGUAUUCCUACUGGUUUAUGGUAUCACCCCAGGAGAAUGGGGAAUGAUCUUGUUAAUCACAAUCGAUCCCCGACUCCACACCCCCAUGUACUUUUUCCUCAUUAAUUUGUCUUUCUGUGACCUCUGCAUUUCCUUGAUAAUUUCCCCUAAGUUGCUGAUGUAUUUCUUAGCCAAGAGGAGAAGCAUUUCUUUCAAUGCCUGCACUGGGCAAAUGUAUCUCUCUAUCAUUUUUUCAGAAGUUGAGUGCCUCUUGCUGGCUGUGAUGGCGUAUGACCGUUAUGUGGCCAUCUGUAACCCACUGCUCUAUACGGUCACCAUGUCCAGGCACCUUUGUAAAGAGCUGGUGGCUGGGGUGUACGCUGUGGGGGUGGUGGAUUCAAUGAUACACACAUUUUGUACAGUUCGGCUGUCAUUCUGUGGCUCCAGUGUCAUCAGUCAUUUCUUCUGUGACAUCCUCCCACUGUUGGUGCUCUCCUGCUCUGACACCCGCAUCAAUGAGAUUUCAGAUGAUCAGCUUGUGACUGUCCUCCUCUCCUACAUCUAUAUCAUCUCCACCAUCCUGCAGAUCAGCUCUGCUGAGGGCAGGCGCAAAGCCUUCUCCACCUGCACUUUCCACUUAACCGCUGUGGCCCUGUCUUUUAGCACCCUCCUCUUCAUGUAUUUGCGUCCCACCUCCAGCUAUUCCAUGGACAGAGAUUAAGUGGCCUCAGUGUUUUACACGCUGGUGAUCCCCAUGUUGAACCCCCUCAUCUACAGCCUGAGGAACACAGAGCUGAAGGACGCCUUGAGGAGAGCAAUGAAUAAACUCCUAACCAGUUCUUGA